AUGGACACCUAUGCAGAGGACAAAGAGCACCCCUCAAUCACAGCCGAAGAAGAUAAUGCUCAAGAUUCUGGCCUCUCUGACGCGGGAAAGCCGAUCUUGCCUCGCCGCCGCUUGGCAACCCUCUACGACGCCGUUGCAGGAAGGGUUACCAAAGACACGGCUCUCAGAAAUGAGAUAUCAGAUCAGAAAAACUCACAUGGGCACUCCCACCAACGGCAGGAACGGCAACGCAAAGUUACCAGGCACUCUACUCGUGGCACAUCAAUAGCCCCCCAUGAAGUACUUUUCCGGCGCAAAGACGCGCCGGAGCGGUACGCUGAGCACGAUGUGUACAAUGCGCACGAGAGAGAUCUGCCUCGUGGCGGGAGGGACAUUCUCCCCCACAGCGAUCUUCUCAAGUCGGUCCACGCGUACUCUAGCAAGUUCUACGGGGCCAUGGAACGAAGGAGGAACGAGGUGAAUCGGGAAACAGAAGUCGGCGGCGGCGCUACUGGUGGACGUAGCGUCGACGAGCGGAGCAUGGACGAGACCGCUCUGCUCGCCUUUGGGAUCCUGCUCGAAGAAGCCAGCAGGGAGGUCCUUGGUCAACGGGGUGAUUUGGUAUUUACAGAGGGUGUUGUUGGGCCGGACGGUUCAAGCGGAGAUGAAGUGGCGCAGCGUACAGAGUCUACGGUUGGUUACCGAGUCGUCGAGUCGUCGUUGAGAACGGCAACUAACAGCUCUGUCACCGGAAGGAGAUUGGCAAAGAGGAGGAGAUUGGCAAACUCCAACGAUUGA